AUGAAGGUGAUUAACAUUCGUUGGAAGAUUUGCCUGCCGGGUUUUUUGGUGAUAACUUAUAUGAUAAGUGCAUUGCUGUUCUUGGGAAUGGAUUUAACCAAUAUUGAGCCGGUCGAGCCGAAAGUGGUAAAAAAUCAUACCAAGGCAGUGAGAAAGUUUUUAAGAACGGACCAUAGGACCCAGGAGACGGGGCUAAGAAGCCCGGAGGUUAAGCCCCGAUAUCGCUAUAGCGGCGGCAGGUCUGGAGUAAAGUUUGUGAUUGGAGUGCCCACUGUACUGCGACCCAAAAGAAACUAUGUGCUCCAAACCGUGGACUUUUUGAUCCGUCGCAUGACUCCGGAGCAGCUCGACCAUAGCCUAAUUGUGAUUUAUGUGGGCGAAACUAAGCUCCAGUUUGCCAAGUUCAUUGUAAAGCAAUUGAAUGUGAACCAUUCGAUGCAUUUGCGAGCGGGCCUGAUCGAUGUGAUUGCUCCACCAUUGAACUACUAUCCGAACUUCUCGUCACUGCACAUCACUCUGCACGACGAUCCACAGCGAGUUCAGUGGAGGACCAAGCAGAACCUGGACUACAUAUACCUGAUGUCCUAUGCCAGAGGAAAGGGCUCGUACUACCUGCAGUUGGAGGACGAUGUGUUGGCGAACGAGGGAUUUUUGGACUACAUUCAGAAGUUUGCCAUGCUGCAUGGUCACUUUCGGUUCCAGGCCGAUUGGAUUGUGAUGAGCUUCAGUGAUCUGGGCUUCAUUGGGAAGCUCUUUCCCACCUCCGUUCUGGAUUCCUUUGUGGCCUACCUGCAAUUGUUCUACAAUGACCAACCCAUAGAUUGGCUCCUCCAGAGUUUUGUGACCCUGCAGAGCUGUCGCUGGGAUAGUAUUUCUAGUCCAGACUGUCAGAGGGACUUUGAAUCCAGACUAGUUCGUGCUGCUCAAUCUCAGUUCCAGCACAUGGGCGCAUUAUCCUCGCUGCCGAAAAAGAAGCAGCAUCAAAAGGAUGGUUUAUUCAAUCGCAAUAUCGGCAAACAGCGCAUGCAACAUCUGCGACAACCCCUUAACCUGAUCGCUUCCCAUCGAAACUCACUCUUGAAACAGAAUCCCAACCUGCAAACGGGCGAAACUUUUAUUUGGAUUUAUAUGCCGCAGAUGCCCAAGAUGAUCGAGUAUCUGAUAAGGAAUCAGUACAAGAAGUCCCAGAUCCGCAUUCGUAAUGCCAAGGAAACGGACAUAAAUCUCGCCGAGUUUAGUGUGGAAUUGGUGAAGGGAUCGCCCACGCUGGUGGUGAACAGCUCCUCCAACGAGCAAAUUGGCUUCGUUAUGAGCCAAACCGUCAAAAAGUUCGAUGACAAAAAUAAGAAUGGCGACGAGUUGCCCUUCAAUUACAUGUACUACUAUAUAAAAGAAGAGCCCGAGGGACUCACAUGGUUCCGACGAUUCUUUUGGGCCUCCAACGGAUCGUGUGGUCAAAAACUGUCAUUGUUUUCAUAUUGGUUUCUGACAAUAUUUUACUUGGGUGAAGAACAAUUACGAAAACAAUUAAUUGUGAAAUAAAAUGCCACUAUAGAAGUUUUCCCAUUAAAAAUACCUUUUUCCUUUAAGAAACUGGUUUUUCCAUGCUCAACAUUAAACUGUAAUCCUGAUAUACUGAAAUUUAAAAUCAAUCAGUAAAUAGUUUAAUUUCAAAUACUUGAAUUAUUUAUUAAGCUUAUACACACAUUACACGCAUAUUUGUUCUUGUUUGAUUUCGAUUAAGUUUUGAGUUGUCCCAACGGCUUAUGAAUAUUGUAAAAGUAAUUUGUAAUAAUUCAGCUACAAUUGUUAUGGGUUGUUGUGUCGUGGAAGGGGAUGGGAAGCCUAUAAUGCCAGCUAAUGUAUAAUUCAGUUUGAUCACUAUCAACUAUUAUUGUUGCUUGUUAAUUGGUUGCAAUUUGGCAAAAUUAGUGUUUCGCGGGGAGAGCGAGUGCUGUAAAUUAUUGUUGCUAUUUGCCGCACACAUAACACAGGGAUAUAUAAAAAUAUAUUUAUGUACGUAUGAUUAUGCAAUAGUAAGUAUAUGCAAAACAUUUGUUUAAUUUGUUCAGUUUAUCGAAAGCAGUCUACAAUAUUUGUUUCUUCAUAUAUAGCGGCAUAUGAAAUAAUAUGAUAUAAUAUUUAGAACGUCAGAAUAGAAUUCAACUUAUAAAUAUAUAUGCCACUACAUAUUACAAUUCUCGUUACUCAACAGGAACCAAGUUUAAACAAUCAUCAUUCUUGUUUCUUCGUUUACAGUUUUGUCAUAGUCUAUCAAAAAAUUUGGCGUUUCCAAUUAGUUAAACCAAUCAUAAAUUUUGUUGUAUGUAUAUAAAAAGGUGUUCUUUGUAUGAUUUUUUUGGAAUUUUGUUUUACAAUAGCUAAUCAGCGAUGUUUAGUUUAUAUUUAUUUGUAAUAUAAUAUAGGUUUUUAUUUUCUUCAUUGUUAUGCAAAAAUUAUUAACAAAUCACAGUGAAAAAGCAACAAUGCUAAAAAUCGUUUCGUUAUUUUACGCUUCAAUGUUUAUGUUAAUACAUAUUAUGUUUAUGUGGUUAUGGCUUCAUGUUCAAGGAGUUGGCUAUAUAUAACUGAUAUAAGCAUGCUGGAUGAAUUCAUAAAAUUAAGAUAAAUUAUUAGAGUAAAGGAAUUUUUUUGUAACUUAGAUGUAUAACAAUGUUCGAUUGUAUCUUAUUUUCCGUAGUUGAUCGAUAAGAUUUCAGCGAGUUCGAGAUUCUUGAUUUUCAGCAAAUGAAAACAAAAUAAAUUGGAAUGUUUCUUCCGAGGUGCCGAUAAAAUGAGGUUAACACUUAAAAUUAAGGCAAAAUAAACCAAAAGACAUUAUUCGAAUAACAUAGGAAUACAGGGGAAUCGCUUCAGUUACAUAGCCCACAACUUGAUCCACAAAAUAUAAAUAUAUCAAUAGAUCUUACCACCAUGAAAAAAUGGAAGGGGCACUUGGAGUACAAAUAUCAAUCCGUAUGGAUAUCCAAAAAAAUACACUGAUAGCUUGGGAUUAAAUAAGACUGUUAGCAGACUGCAGGCCAAUGACAUUGCAAAGUUUUGAUAACGCUUAAGUUAAAGAAACCCUAACAAAUUGGUUCUGGGGAUAUAUGACAUUAGUCUGCAGCCGUACUGAAAUCUUAAAGUUAAGGAUAAUCACUUAUAGUUAGGAGAGCGAGAGAGUUACCUUCUGGGGGAUUAUUUACACAUUCAGAUAAUUGAGGGUAAAAGCAUCAUUCGAAAAAUAUACACAGAGAUGUACAGACAUUAGGGUGGGUCGACUCAUUUCAAUGCAAAAAACACGGAAAAGUCUAGGGAGCA